UAAUGCUGAGGUUGAAGAUGAACCCAACAUACAGACACAAAUAUACGAGAGAUUUGAGAGCUUAAAACUGAGAGUGAUUUUGGUUUUCCUUUAAUUUGUUUACAAUUCCCCACUCUGCCAUUCCCCGCUUCUCUGAAUCCCUUUCUGUUAAUCAUCUGUCUUUUAGAAAAAUCUGAUUUUUGGGUUUGUUUUCAAAACAACGGAAAAAAUAAAUGGUUCAAAAGCAAACUUAGAAGGAUUUCUCGAAAGCCAGGUGUUUUCAGAAUCGAGAUCCAGGAUUUUUUUUUUUUUUAACUAUGUUUUGUGGUAAUUUUUAGAAAGAUCUGUUGUUUUAGUUAGUUGAAUCAGCUCGAAGGAUUUUUUUUUUUUUGGUUCCUUUCAGGUUGACUUUUAGGUUCUUGAAAUUGAAGGGGUUGUGUAUUUUAAACCUCUUUGAUGUUAUUUUUCUUAUCAAAUUGCCGGGUUGGUUCUUAAUUUUCUUUUUUUGUUAACAGAUUUGUUUUAGUUUGUGAUCUUAUCAGUUUCAUUGUUGAAGAAAUGGCAGCUAUAAUGGAUUUCUACAGUAGCAGAGCGCUUCAAUCGGACCUCUUUGGCGGUGAAUUAAUGGAAGCACUUGAACCUUUUAUGAAAAGUGCUUCCUCUUCGUCAUCAAUUACCCCUUCUCCUUCUGAUAACCCCUCUCUCACUCCUUCUCCUUCUUCCUCUUUCCCUUCUACUUCUUGUAACAAUUUAUUCUCCUCUGCAACAUUACCAGAGCCCAAUUGGUGUCCUGAUGCUUGCUCCACAUCUUCAACCCAUCUCUUUUCUAACGGGUUCUCGAUCCAAGACUCUUUGUUAGGUCUUCAGCAGCAGCCAGGUUCAAUUGGGCUCAACAACCUCACUCAGUUCCAAAUCCUACAGAUCCAAUCUCAGAUCAACCUCCAAAACCAGAUUUUCAGGCAACAACAUCAACAAUCGCAACAAUUUCGUCACCUUAACUUGCUUUCUCCAAAGCCCGUCCCGAUGAAGCAAAUGGGUUCUCCAUCAAAGCCCGCGAAACUCUACAGAGGAGUGAGACAGCGACAUUGGGGCAAAUGGGUAGCCGAGAUCCGACUCCCCAAGAACAGGACCCGGCUCUGGCUUGGAACUUUCGACACUGCUGAAGAAGCCGCCUUGGCUUACGACAAAGCCGCCUAUAAGCUACGUGGCGACUUCGCAAGGCUCAACUUUCCUAACCUCCGACAUAACGGGUCCCACAUCGGUGGCGAAUUCGGCGAGUACAAGCCUCUCCAUUCCUCUGUUGAUGCGAAAUUGACAGCCAUCUGUCAAAACUUAGCUGAGUCGCAAAAACAAGGGAAAAGGGAGAAGCAAAGUAACUCUGCUGAGAAGAAACUACGCCGUUUGGGAAAACCCGCAUCGGUGGUGAAGGAAGGAGCGAAAGUAGCAACAAAUUUGGAGAACUUGAAUAUGGAUGGUGGUUGUGAGGCAGAAGCUUGUGUUAAGGAUGAGAGUAGUUGUAGUGAAGGGUCAGCAGACUCAUCUCCUUUAUCGGAUUUGACUUUCCAGGAUUCUUCAGAACCUUGCUGGGAUGUCGUUUCAGAGAAUUUUAAGUUGCAGAAGUACCCGUCACAUGAGAUAGAUUGGGCUUCUAUCUUAUCUUGGAUCUAGUCAUUGUAAUGUUAUUGUUAAUGUUGUAAUGUAGAUUCUAGGGUGUUUCGUGGCUGCUGCAAAGAAAUUUUUUGACAGUUGCAGAGCCGAAGUCUGGUCUUUCAGUUUUAUUUAUGUUAAUAUGAUGUACAUCUCCCAAGUGGUCAGCUGGUUUUAGUCAUGCUGAACCAGGGAAAAUUUGUGCUUUCUUUAGUAAAUUAGCGUCUUGUAAUUGAAGCUGUAGUAGUAGUAUGUUUUUUUGGGUUGGUUUUUGUGUUUGUAAUAUUGUUCUUCCGUGGUAGGAUUUGUAUGAUAAAAAAUAAUUGAGUUUUGCAGAUCA